AUGUUUAAGCUUUUAUCACGUCCGGCCAAUGUUAGGUCAAUAUAUCUACUAAAUCAAUCAAAGGUCACUACUAUACGUGGGUUACAUCAUACAAGAAGGAUAAGGCAAGCUACAGCCGCAUCGAAAUCCCCUUCAGAGACUAGUGAGUCUACUCUGGCUACUGACUUUUCCAGAUCAAAUAUAUUCGUCCAUAGGUUGCCUGAGUCGACAGCUGAACAAUCUCCAUUAUUGGUAUCCUUACACAGCAGACUCAAUUUAAGUCCUCAAUUCAAAUUGAGUACCCUAUCCCAAUGUCUCAAUAUGGUGAAAACUUCAAGUCAACAGGGAGAAGGACUAGCAAACAAUUUUGGCUUGAACACCAUUGGAAAAACCUUGUUGAGUUAUUAUGUCACUGAAUAUCUCUUGUUACAUUAUCCUCGAUUACCCAUGGCUAUACAUAACGCUGCUGUUGAUUCAUUAAUGGGAGUAGAAACAUUGUCAAGUAUUGGAAGAGCGUCAUUUGGUAUUGAAGUUGAUUCUGUUUCCAAGUUGGAUCGUUUCUUGGGUCAAGAAUCGGAAUUUAUAAAGUAUGGAAGAUUGAGAUUUAUGACUAAUGAAGAAUUGGAAAAUAAAGUCAAGGUUGAUGGAAUUGAAGAAGUUUUGGGCGAUACUGGUAAAAACAGUUUAUUGAAACAAGAAGAUAUUGCCUAUGCUUCAGCAGUAAGGUCAAUCAUUGGUGGAAUAUACACGCAUUGCGGUGAAGCAGCAGCUAAACAAUUUAUCAAUGAUCACAUCUUGUCAAGAAAAUUACCCUUGGAGCAAAUGUUUGAAUUUGAUAAACCAAUUGCCGAAUUGAUUAGGUUAUGCGAUAAAUUGGAGUUUAAAGAACCGGUCAAGAUUAGACUAAUUGCUGAAACUGGUAGAAAAUCGGCCCAUCCUCAAUUCUUGGCCGGUGUAUUUGUAGGCAGUGAUAAAUUGGGUGAAGGUAUUGGAUCGAGUUUGAAAGAAGCACAAAUAAGAGCCAGUAUUAAUAGUUUGUUGGGUUAUUAUUUGUAUUCCCCCAUCAGUGCUGAUGGAAAUCAAGUCAAGGUGCCAAGUGAUGGAGAGUAUAAGUUUGAAGGAGUUGUGGAUGGUGGAGAAGUUGCUAUAUGA